CACGUGGUUUAUCAGUGCUUGUUUGCUAUUACACCGCCUUUUAACUACUCGUCUAUUGAUUUAUACAGUUGCUCUCUUUUCCUGUUGUCAUACGAACUCCGGCAUGAGUUUUGCGAACUAUAAAGAAACGAUAGAAGAUGGUGACACUGUCAUUUUGUUUCUCGGCUUCGAUAACACAUUGAGUAUCCGAGUGAACAAGGGUACUACCUCACAAACACGCUACGGAGCCUUGCGUCAUUCAGAUUUAAUUGGUGUAAAGUAUGGUUCUCAAAUAAAUUGCCCAAAGGGAUGGCUGUAUGUUCUUUAUCCGACUCCAGAACUCUGGACGCUGAAUGUCCCCCACAGGACCCAGAUAUUGUAUUCUACAGAUAUCAGUCUAGUUACCAUGCAGCUUGACUUGAAACCGGGUUCCAUUGUCUUAGAAGCAGGUACUGGAAGUGGUUCCCUUUCACAUGCUAUCCUUCGUACAAUUUUACCAACUGGUCAUUUACAUACUUUUGAAUUUCAUGAACAGAGAGCUGAAAUAGCUCUCAAAGAAUUUAAAACCCAUGGUGUAUCUGACUAUGUGACAGCAGUAUGCAGAGAUGUCUGCAAGGAUGGAUUUGGUGUUGAAGAUGAUAUGGCUGAUGCUGUUUUCUUGGACAUGCCAUCACCCUGGGAAGCCAUUGUGUUUGCCAGUAAAGCACUGAAAAAACAAGGUGGAAGAAUAUGUACAUUUUCUCCAUGUAUUGAGCAAGUCCAAAAGUCACAUGAAGUAUUAAGAGAAAAUGGUUUUGAAGACUGUUCAACUGUUGAAUGUCUGGUACGGAAUUUUGAUGUUCGAACAAUAAACAUUCCAAUACCUUGUCUUGGCGGUAUAGAAGAUGAAAACACCAUGUUAACAAACAAAAGUGAGAGUACUACAGAAAAUAAGAUCAAAUGUUUAGAAAACAGUUUACAAGAAAAUAAUGAACUUGAAAAACAACAGACUGAUAAAGAAUGUAAAAGUGCAGAUAAUAACGAUACUUUUUACAGUUAUGAUUUGGUUGGACGUAAAACAAAAGAUUAUUUCCAGGUCAAAAGUGGUGUACCUCCAACUACGAUGCCAGGCCAUACAGGAUAUCUAACAUUUGCUUCUCUCUAUCUAUGACAUAUAUGCAUAUACUAAAAUAAAUACAUUUUAUUUUGAA